AGAAUCCUGAUUUCCGCCGCUUGACUUUUUGUCUCCCGGUGACUUGUUAAGAAUUGUUUGGGUUUCUGAAUUUUCAGUCUGCAUCACCUCUUAUCUGUUUUCUUCCACCUUUGCAAAGGAGACUUAGGAGUUGCUUUUGUUUUUGUUCUGGGACACUCAGGAUAUUGAUAGAGCUGUUUGAUAACUACAUGCAACAAGAUGCCCAUGAGUUCUUAAAUUAUCUACUCAACACAAUUGCCGAUAUUCUACAAGAAGAAAGGAAACAGGAAAAGCAGAAUGGCCGCGUACGGAACAGUGACGUGGACGCUGAGGAGAACAACAGCACACCAGACCCGACCUGGGUCCACGAGAUUUUCCAGGGAACAUUAACGAAUGAAACCAGGUGUCUUACUUGUGAAACUAUAAGCAGCAAAGAUGAAGAUUUUUUAGACCUUUCUGUUGACGUGGAACAAAAUACAUCAAUUACUCACUGCUUAAGAGGUUUUAGUAACACAGAAACUCUGUGCAGUGAGUAUAAAUACUACUGUGAAGAGUGCCGGAGCAAACAGGAAGCACACAAACGGAUGAAAGUUAAGAAACUACCCAUGAUUCUGGCUCUCCACCUGAAAAGAUUUAAGUAUAUGGACCAGCUUCACCGAUACACAAAGCUUUCUUACCGGGUCGUUUUUCCCUUAGAACUUCGUCUGUUUAACACUUCAGGAGAUGCAACCAACCCCGACAGGAUGUACGACCUUGUGGCUGUCGUGGUUCACUGCGGAAGCGGUCCCAAUCGAGGCCAUUAUAUUGCCAUAGUUAAGAGUCACGAUUUUUGGUUGUUGUUUGAUGACGACAUUGUAGAAAAAAUAGAUGCACAAGCUAUUGAAGAGUUCUACGGGUUGACGUCUGAUAUCUCCAAGAACUCGGAGUCUGGGUACAUCCUUUUCUAUCAGUCUCGGGACUGAAGGAGCCAAGGCGGAGCAAGCGUCUGCAUGCUUCUCUGGUUGUUUCAGGAAGGAUCAAGCUGAUGGUCAAGAAGAGAGAGAGAUUCAGGACGCUCAGGGCAGUAGCACACUUUGCAUACAAUAAAGCAAAGACUGUGGAUUAACAUGCCCUUCCGAUCACAGUAGUUGAAUUUUUUUGCUCAGGAAUCAUGCUGUCUGUGCAGUUCCACACAAGGAAGUGAAAUCAGAGAUACCAGCUCCUCUGGUAAAGCAGCUGCCAGCUACCGACACACAUGUUCUCUGUGAACCACACCAAUGAUGGUUUGAGUUCCUCGGGAGGGCGGUGGAAGAACUAGAAUAUGUCAGGUUGAAGGAGCACGCCGCACUGUGCGCGCACGGGAUGCUCACAUUGGAUGGGAGCGGUCGAGUGGUCUCUUCAGACAAACCGGAAAGCACCUUUGGGCCCAACACUCGCAGUUGCCUUCCUGACGCACAGAACUAGCAGACACGGAGCCCGGUGUCAGGAAGUCAAAGAUACUCUGCUUCUCUGGAGAAGCGUGUGAUAAUGUACAGUGUGUGUACGCGGAGGGAACAGUUGGUCAGAAGUGGCUUCUUGGUUCCCCAAGGGGAAAGACUGGCUUUGUAAUGAUCAUUUUCCUUAUUUAUUUUAUUAAACUGGUGGAGUCCGAGCAUUA